UAAGAAGUUUUGCUCAAAGCUGAGGAGCUAAGCCACUUGCCAAAAUGUGCAAAGGACUUGCAGCUUUGCCCCACUCAUGCCUGGAAAGGGCCAAGGAGAUUAAGAUUAAGUUGGGAAUUCUCCUCCAGAAGCCAGACUUGGCCACGGACCUUGUCAUCCCUUACAAUGAGAAGCCGGAGAAGCCAGCCAAGCCACAGAGACCCUUGCCGGAGGAGGCCCUGCAGUGGCGUGAUUCUCUGGACAAGCUCCUGCAGAACAAUUAUGGACUUGCCAGUUUCAAAAGUUUCCUGAAGUCCGAAUUCAGUGAGGAAAACCUUGAGUUCUGGAUUGCUUGUGAGGAGUACAAGAAGAUCAAGUCCCCUGCCAAGAUGGCUGAGAAGGCAAAACAGAUUUAUGAGGAAUUCAUCCAAACGGAAGCCCCUAAAGAGGUGAAUAUUGACCACUUCACUAAGGACAUCACAAUGAAGAACCUGGUGGAGCCUUCCCUGAGCAGCUUUGAUGUGGCACAGAAAAGAAUCCAUGCUCUGAUGGAGAAAGAUUCCCUGCCUCGCUUCGUGCGCUCUGAAUUUUAUCUGGAGUUAAUCAAGUAGUAAUUUGGUCAGGCUAUGAAAGGCACUCAGUGAGUUACUUCCUCCAUAAUAACCCUGUGUUUUCCAGUAACCUACAUAUCUUCCCAUAGCAGCUUUGCUCAGAUACCCAAAUAGAAAAUUCCCAAGGAAUGUCGCCCGUCUUUUGCCCACGUUGUUUUGGAAGCUUACACAGGGUCCGAAUUCCUUCCUCUUCCUUCCUUUAGCCUUCCUGCCCCAUUGUUAAUUGGAUUCCACACAAUUUUGUCAAACUCAAUCUGAAUCACAGAAAAACCAUGCUAAAGCAAACAAAUACAAGGCAGGAAUAUUAUAUCUCUGGAUUUAGAUAAUAAAAAAAUCUCAACUUACACUAAUCUGAAAAAGAAUAUGGAUGUGAAAACAUCAGAUUCAAAGGGGCCUAAUUGAUCUCACUUGUUGUUUUACUUCUGACCAAGGGAGAUCAUCUCUCUAUUUCUAAAGAAGCCACUAUUUACUUUUUAAAGCAAAUUCAUUAUUUAAAAAACAAUCUUUCCCUUAGAGCAUCUUCAUGUUAGCUUGGAUAUUAUAAAUGAGAUACAAUAAUGAAUUUAUUGUGUUGAGACAAAAUCAACUAAACACCAUUCAUAUUCAUUGUGUCUUUUUACCUCCUGCCCUUAUUCCCCCAAGAAAGUUACCAAGUUGUUUUAAAUCAGUGAUCUAAGACCAAAAAUGGACUACAUAACAAAUACAUCUGUGGCCCUAGGAUGUAAGCCAAAGUUUUAAUGAUCAAGAUAUUUGAUAUCCUUGUGAGCAUAAAACCCCCUGAUUUCUAACUCCGAUUACAUAAAAUAAAAGUAUUCCUGGAGAUAUUCAAUAUCAGGAUUUCAUACUAAAAUGGAAAAAUACUGUCAAGGUUAAAAUGAUUAUUGCAUGAGUCCCUGUAUUAUUUUUUUUUGUAAAUGACAAUUGCCUUCAAGAUGCAAAAUUACUUUUGGAAAAAUUAAUGUGGUUAUACGUAGAGGCUUUCUAAAUGAGACAAAAUUUUAAGGAAUUCUGCUUUUUGCAAUAUAAUAUGAUCUUUUGCAACACUAUGUUCCCUCACUAUUUUGCUUUAUGCAUUUAGUAAAUUGUAUCUAAAGUGAAAAGCACAGAUUUAUAUUCAUGCACAACUAUGGAUAAGUCAUGGUAUUUCUAAUAGGUUUAAACUUUUAAUUCUGUGUUUCACUAUUAUAAGUCUUAGAAAUUUUUCCUUGUCUUUAGUACAUUUGACUAAAGUAGUGAUUUAGAAUAACUUAGCCAUACACAGAAUCAAGGUGAACCAUGUAUGAAGGUAGUCAAUGUUAGGAUGUGGGGUUAUUGGAGGAGAAAGAGGAUACUUUUAAAACAGUAUUAAUAAAAAUCCAAAACGUUUAAGUAGAAGACAACAUUGCUUAGUCUCGAAUUUCCUUCUUUUGUUUCCCUUUUUAAUUCACAUGCUCCUGGUUUUCCCCAUGAAUAGCUCAUUUAUUUAGCCAUUUCCUAGGAAUAUCAGCAGCAAAGCAGCCAUGUUGCUCUUCUUUGGGCAUGUGCUGAUUUUGCCCAUUUUUGUGAUUUCAAAGGAUAAUGCUCCCUUCCUGAAUGCUCACCAUUUCACCUUCUGAAAGCAGAUUGAAAUGACUGUGUAUGCUGCCAGCAAUGGCAAGACAUCUGAAUUGACUCAGAUUUGUCACUAUUGCCUAUUUUAAAGAAGCUCUUCCAUCAAGCAGUCCACAGCUAGGCUCCAUCAAAAUUGUAAACAUGAAAACAUUCUCGUUGAAUGCGUUUGUGUUAGGUUGACAAGGAACUCACAUAAAAACAAUAAAAACACUCUGGGCAUCAUCUCCCUCAUCAUCUAGCUAUUGUGCCCCAAAUCAGUAAAAACAACAAAAAAGUGCCAGUUCUUGACUUCCUAAAGCAGUCGGAAAUGGUAGGAACCCUGGAAUCUAGGUGAUUCAUUUUUUUUUUUUGAAUGCCAAAACAUUUUAAAGAUUAAUUAAAAGUCAAAUACUUUGUUCACAUUAUUUGAAAUUCAUAGAUAUUUGAAAAUGUCCAGAGAGGUAAGUAGAUACCACAUAUCUCCAGACAGUUGAUGCUGCAAAGACUCCAGUUGGCUCUUCACAAAUUGACUGCACACCCUCAGUAAGUGAGUAGACUUGUCAGGGGAGGGUAACAAGAGCCUUCACCUUCAUGUGAGCUGAAUCCAGGAAGCCAAGAGCAGGCAAGGGCAUUAUGAGAACAGUGCUGUGAAGGCUGCAAAAAGAAUGUAAGAAGCAAUGCCUUCCAGGGGGUGAAUUGUAUUAUCUAUCAUCUAUCAAUCAAUCAAUCAUCUAUUAAUCUAUCAUAUAUCAACCAAUCUAUCAUCUGUAUUGUCUAUCUAUCCCCUAUCAUCUAUAAUUUUAUAUUUGAAGUAUACAUAUUCUAUAAACUACUCUAACAAGAAAUUCUGAAAUCCAAAGAAAUGCAAACAUUCCAGCCCCAAAUAAGAAAGUAAAUAUAUUAAAAUUGUCCUAGAAAAUUUCUUUGAAAGUGUUUUGAAACUUAACAAAAAGAGAAAAGGAAAAAAAAUCUAAAUUGCUAGUAAUUUCUAGGGUAACACAAAGAAAAUGACAUUUCUGGGAAAUCCGAAAAUGUGGGGUGAUCUUCCAGGAAAAAGUUUGUAAUGUCUGUUUAUUUAUCACUCCUUUCCCCUCUUCCCGCUUCGUCUCUUCUUCCCCUUGAGUAAAUGGCCUGGGAAAGUAUGAAACCUACUGUAAGGGCCCUGGGGUGCUUGCAUUUUCCUCCCUUGUGUAAAUGUAACUACAGUUGUAAGUGGACUUGGGAAGUAGAGGCAGUGGAACCAAACUGUGGUCAAUGGAAAGAGGAGUUUAUGCUUCUCACUUAUGAGAGCUUAGCCCCAAGGACUGACCCACAACCUAAGGUUUUCUACCCGAGUUUGAUAUAGGUGGGAUUGGGCUCAAGUGAAGAUUUAAAAUAGACCAGGACAAAGGGAGUAGCAACUCUAGAAUAAAUUAGCAAGUUUCGUCUCAUGUUUAUUUGUUAAAGCAGUGAUAAUCCAUGGGAACAGCCUUCCUGCACUCCCUUGCUCGCUCGCUCUCUUUCUCACUCUCUUUCUUACUCUGUUUCUCAUUCUCUCUUUCUUACUCUCUCAUUCUCUCUCUCUUUCUCUCUCUCUCUCUCUCUCUUACUCUCUUUCUCUCUCACACAUACACACACACAUAUAACUUCUUCCCAGAUGUCACUUUUUGAAAUGUAGAAUUGAGACUUUCUAGUAACUAUGCUUUCAAAUCAGUAGAGUCCACUGUAUGGAAACAUUUUGUGUUCCCUUCCCUACACUCUGUUAUAUAAAUUAUGCUCUGAGUAGAUUUUAGCUUUUAAUGCAUAAAGGAAAGCAAUUAAUGGAAAACACUUUUUAUUUUUGCAAUCUACAAAGCUAUGCAUUUUACUUGGUUGGUGAGGUUUUUUUCUCCACUUUGUACAAAAUCCAUUUGAAUAUGACAAACCUAUGAAUUUUCCCCCAAAGAAUAUUAGGUAUCUAGAAGUUUCAAAACAAACUUGACCAUUCACAGAUCAGUGGAUAAAUUAAUAAGCAUUAUGUUCUAAUGCUUUGCAAAACCAUUUAUGUCAUCACAAAUUAGAUAGUUUGGGAUUUGUUGGAAAGGAUAGUUAGAGUUCAGGGACAUGAUUUUUACUCUUGAAACUGCUCCCAUUAGUAGGUCACAUUCCCUGUUGUUUGGGAACUUGGCAGGGUUGGGAGAAAGUGGGUCAUGAGAAAGAAGAGAAGAAAGGAGAGAAGUGGUAAGGGAGCAAGUACUCAGACCUGUGAAAUUAAUCUACUUGCUAGGGGAGCAGCUCAGCCUGGUUGGAAAUCACACUUCUUUGUGCUGUUGUCUUCCAGACUUGCAAAGUAUCUCUUGACUCACAAUGUGGCUAAAUGAAAAAUUUUGUGUUAGUGUCCUGGAGAGUCUUGGCUAGAGAAAAGAAAGAACUGAGGGGAGGGGAUCUUCUUUCUCCCACUUGGAUUGUAUGUGCCAGGAAGCAGAGAGAGGAGAAAUUAGUUCCAACCCUCACCCAUCCAAACCCAAGGGCUAGGCAACUCUAUAUGGGUUUUGGACAUAAAGUCUUGGUACAUCUUGGUACAUCUCAACGGAAUGACUUGCAGAUCUCUCUGGAUUUCUGACUACUGUAUUAGACAAACAUGUUUUUUACAUUUGCUUGGUGAAAGGCUCUUCAGUUAACAAUUUAGCAUCUGUUUCUUGUGUUAAACACACAUUUCACCAGACCAAAAUUUAUCCAAAAAGAAUUUCCCCAGGAUCAAUUAACCAUCCUAGAAAUGAGAAGGCCAAUUCUUCCAACUGAGGAGAUAUGCAUAGCUUUAAAUAGAAAUGCAUAGCAGAGUGAUAGAUAAAAUUGUUUAGGCUAUUAUCCUCAAAUCACAGUUUAAUAAUCAUCUUAUUUUUCUAGUAGAGUAGCUACAAAUCAACCUCUUAACAUUCAUGUCUAGCUUAAUAAGCCUUGCCAAGUUACUUACUCUCUGACCUGAGAUGUUUUUCCUUCCACCUCACCUCAGUACCUCUCUUCCUCUUCUCUGCAGUAGGGAGUAUUUACAAUAGUUGAGUCUAAAUAUCAUUUUAAUUAUAAUAUUCUAUAUAUAGUUUGAAUUAAAAUUGCAAUAAGCACAUUAAAAACAUUUGCUUUCUAUGUAGGAAAAUGUAGAGCUUAAGGCAUCAAAACAAAGAAAGAGAAAUGCUGAGAAAUUUGCCAGUGGAGACUGUGAUCUAAGUAACUUUUGCCAGGAGUUCUUUUUAUGCUUUGCAGUACCAGAACUCGGGGAAACUUCUUGUUUUUUGCUAUACAGUAUCAGAAUUUGGGGAAACAACUUGUAAUUUGCUAUCGGAAGACAGCAAGGAGAAAUGAAAGGUCUAUGGAUCCAUUUGCCAGCAUUUAUUCCAUAGGUUUUAAAUUAGAGAUAACUAUAUUCAUCUUCUGAUUUUUUGUAUUCAAUAUAUUUGUACUAUGCAACUCAUGCUUUGUGAUAAAUAAAGCACCAAAUAUGUAUCUACAAUCAUGAUCACACAUGUUGUAUUAAAUAUAAAUCUGUAUCACUA